CACGCUCCCACCCGAGCCACCUCAACCGCUGGUCGUGUCGAGGUCCUGACCGGGUGUCUUUUCUUUUUGUGAUUGCGACAAGACGACUGAAUGGCCGCUGUUCGCAAACCGCUCUUGUCUAAUACUAUGAUUUUGUUAUCCUUCGGCCUAUCCAUUCUCGUUCACUCGGAACUCCUCGACGUCCUCGUUCAAUAGCAGUUGAGCCAAUCUUUCAGCCCUCGAGACUUGAUUUCUCAAGAGCCUCUCAUGUCGACCUUGACGAGAUAGCCCUUUACCCUCUUUCUGCCAGCAAUGGCACCUCCUUUACUCCUCGUCCCACUGCUUGUCGUCUGCGCCCAAGCAUGGCCUCAACUUCCCGUCGACGACAUUAUUGACGAGAAUCUCAUCACACUCCCUCUUAUCUCGCCAGCAGCUUAUGAUGUCAGCCGAGCUCCUGUCUCGGAUCGCCGAGAACCUUCGGACCAUGACGACUCAGGCUUAUUCCUGGCGCUUCCCGUCAUUCACUCCCCAAAACGGAGCAUCAUCAACCGUCCCAUAGAGUUGGAGCUGGCCAACCGUUCGGAUAUAGCCUACUACGCCCAGCUCAACAUUGGCACACCUCCACAGCCUGUGUACGCCCAGCUCGACACAGGAUCCUUUGAACUAUGGGUAAACCCAACCUGCGCCAAUCUACGUCCGGCAGAUGAGCGCUUCUGCGAAGCCGUCGGAACGUACGAACCCUCCAACUCGUCCACAUCCAACCCCCUCGGCACCUCCGCCACCCUCCGCUACGGCAUCGGAUCCGCCAACAUCACCUACCUCCGAGACGACAUAACCCUCGGCUCCUCCCCCACCGUCCGCCAGGUGCAAUUCGGCACCGCGACAUCAACGACCGACAAAUUCGCCGGCAUUCUCGGCCUAGGACACGGCCAAAACCACACCACCUCCUACCCGACCCUCCUCGACGAGCUGGCCCUGCAAGGCGCCAUCCGCACCAAGGCCUUCUCCCUCGCCCUGGGCUCCAAGGACGCGGGCCAAGGCCAGCUCAUCCUAGGCGGCAUCGACCCGGCCAAGUUCACCGGAUCCCUCGCCCCGCUGCCCGUCAUCCCGGCCCCGGACGCCCCGGACCGCGUGGCGCGGUACUGGGUUUCGUUGCGUUCCAUCCACCUGACCCCGCCCAGCGGCAUCUCGCGGCCGCCAUACAACGGUAGUGCGAUUCCCGUAUUCCUCGACAGCGGCGCCACCAUGACGCUCCUCCCGCCGGAGCUGGCGGGCGCCAUCGCCGCGGACUUUGGGGCGCCCGAACCCGACGCGAACGGGUUUUACUCCGUCGAUUGCGGGCUGGUCGACUUACCCGGGACUAUCGGCUUUGUCUUUGAGGGCGUCGCGGUGCCUGUGUCCUACAGGGAGAUGAUCCGUGUGUUCCCCGGUCAUGGGGCGGCUCCGGCGCGGUGUGUGCUGGGGAUUAUGCCGAGCGAGGAGUUUACGUUGCUGGGGGAUACGUUUCUCAGGUCGGCUUACGUGGUGUUUGACCUUGAGGCGGAUGUCGUGCAUAUGGCGCCUUAUGUAGACUGUGGCAGCCGGACUAUGGGCAUUCGGGGCUCCGAGUUUAUUGGUGGUCUUGUUGGGCUCUGCUCUUCUGGGGGUGAGGGUGAGGGCGAGGGCGAGGAUGGGGAUGGGGAUGAGGAUGAGGAUGAUGAUGGGGGUGUUGUUGCAGUCGCCACUUCGACGGCGGUGGUUGGGAAUGGUGUUGCCCCGACGCCUGUAUUUGCGGAUGACGUUGCUGCGGAUUCAGGAGAGGGUGGAGAUGAUCCAGAUAGGGAUCCUGAAUCAGGAAGUGAAGCUCAUCGUCCUAGGGCUAGGUGGGUGAUGCUCGGCAUCGCCAUCUCCUGGAUUCUCGUGUAG